AUGAAGUCGAACUCCAGCUCCUCGUCGUCCACCCGUCGUCUUCUCACGGCUGCCGCUAUCGUCGGUCUCACAGCGUCCUCCGUCGUUUCAGCUACGCCCGAGACGAACGCCACGAGCGCCGCCGGUGGCGCCACCUUCGGCACCAUCACCUCCGGCAGCAACAAGUGCGUCACGGGCAACCCCAAUGCGUACAUCUCGACCCAGGACCCGAGCGAGUGGAACUGGAACGACCUGUCCAACAAGAACUGGAUCUUCGACCACCUCAUGAAGAACAAGGGAUCGCUCAACUACUGCGUGCGCUGGGACAGCGACACCAAGCUCACCAAGAGCGUCGCGUCCAAGUUCCAGGCCAUACUCAACCGCCAGUACAAGGCGUGGAACCAGUGGCUCGUCGGCUACGACUGCUGGCCGUACAGCCAGAUCGACGUCAAGAUCGUCGGCUUCGCUGUCAAGGACAAGUCGCAGCUCGACUGGAGCGACGACUCCCUCGGCAAGAUUUACGCCGGCGACCUCGACUCGGACGGCGUCCCGCAGUGUCCUCAAAGCUGCUACCGGUUCUACGACAACGCCGCGGGCGCCUGGGCGGACACCAGUUCGUGCCAGGACCAGGUGUGGGACAUCUCGCUCUGGCCGAAGCAGGGUCUGGACGGUGGUUUCGGUGACGACUGGGGCCAGGAAGUCAACCUCGAGAACAUGCUCGCCGCCCUCGACAACGACCAGCUUACGAUUGUCGCCCACGAGAUCGGCCAUGGCUUUGGCCUGCCGGACUUCUACGAGGAGGCUGACAUGCCCAACUCUAACUUCCCUGUUUGCAUCAUGAGGGCCGGCAGCUCGAUGACCAUCACGCCUGGUGAUGGCUGGAUGCUGCGCCGUGUGUGGGAGCACCUCAAGCCCCGCUACAACGUCUGGGGGUUCUAGGCUCAUACAAGUCUAAAGUUUGAUGUGAAUAAAGAAGGCGUGUUAGAACCAACCU